AUGAAGUACACGGCUCUUUUUCUCAGCUUCUGUGCGCAGAUCCUCGCAUACCCAUUCGCGCUGGACGAUGUAGCUGCGAAGCGCCAGGUUCCAACGACAGUCACAUCUGUCGCUCAACAAAUUAGCAAGGCACGAACGAACUGUGGCAAUAUCCCUUGUCUGACCUUUGACGCACGCGAUCAGUAUGUCAGCACGACGGAGGAUCAUGCAUACGCCAGCCCAGAACCAGGCGACAUCAGAGGUCCAUGUCCAGGACUCAACGCUGCCGCCAACCACGGAUACUUGAGCAGAAGUGGUGUUACCACUCUGACUGAAACCAUUGUCGGGAUGGAGGCUGCCUUCGGUAUGGGCCCUGGAUUGUCUGGAUUCCUCGCUGCGUACGCUAUCAUCAUGAAUGGAGAUCCUGUGCUUCAGACUUGGAGUAUCGGUGGUGCUCCUGCCUCAGAUGGGCUCACCAAAAACAUUCUUGGACAACCGCAGGGUAUCUCAUACGCACACAACACUUACGAAAGCGAUAUGUCUAUUGGACGGCCGGAUGCGUACACGAAUAAUGGUGACGCUCACAGCCUGGAUAUCUCCCGCUUUGCGUACGCCUACGCGACCGGCAUGGACAACGACAGAUACACUUUGGAUGGCCUUGCUCAGGACUUCCUGGCCAAGGGCAAAUCUUCCGUCGACUUGAACCCAUAUUUCUUCUCGGCUCCGUUCUCUGGCGUCGUCGUGGCCCCGGCCGCAUACAUCUUCGUUAUCAACCUCAUGUCCAACCACAGUGCUGAGGAGCCGAGCGGCUAUCUGAAUGGAGAGAUUUUCAAGGAGUUCUUCGCAGUGACUGGAAACUACCCUGCCUUCAAGUGGAAGCCAGGUCAGGAGAGAAUUCCUGAUAAUUGGUAUCGCCGACCUACCAUCUCAUUGUACGACGUUCCCAACGCAGACUCGGAUGUUGGCGUUCAAUACUCUGCAUAUCCCGAGAGCCUGAAGUUGGGUGGCAACGUGAAUGGAGUCAACUCCUACGUUGGCGUCAAUUUGGAAGAUCUGACUGGAGGUGUCAUGAACGCUGAAUAUCUCUUCGACAUCGACAAUCCCCGAGCUGCUUGCUUCUACGCACAGCUGGCUCAGUCACUGAUUCCCGACUCGGCCAAUCUCUUGCUCAGCGAGGUGUCUGCCAUUACGGGCCUUGUCAGGGACGCCAUCUCGCCUAUCAUCAAAGACCUUGAUUGCCCUGUGGUGGAGAAGUUUGAUCAGACAUUGUUCAACAAGUAUCCUGGCCACAAAUACAGCCCAACUGGACCAGGCGAGAACUUUUAA